CCCAGCCCCAUGUGGGGCCGUGAACUUUGAAGUGAUGAACCAGGAAAUGCAGAAAGGAAGAAAUUCGCUAAGCACUGGUAUUCGAUACGUCGCAUUCGGCAAGGAGAAAUCGUCGCAACUAAUGCUGUCAUGGCGGUCAGUUGAUGAAUUUCGAUAAAGUGAGCUGGUGACUUUGUGCUGAUUUUUUUUUUGAUGACCAAACACACAAAGAAGCAACAUGGAGAGUGAUCCAUCUGAUCUGACCAUCUUGUACACAGAAGACACCGUUCAGUGGUGUGAGUACCUCUUCGACAUCUUCAAGGACUUUGAAAUCCAGCAGAACUCCGAGGAUAUCACAGAGUUUCCCACCAAUCAGAACACGCUGCAGAAUAUUCGGGACUCGCUGGUGUCGGUGGUGAUCAUAUCGCCGCUCUUUCUUCAGAAUUGUACCCCCAAGAUGCAAGAUUACCUCCAGCAGGUGGUGGGGUUGAUCUGUGGAGUGGACGAGGCCGACAUGGAGGAGCUCCUACGCAAGAUUCCGUCCUCCAAGGACUGGCACCGAGUAGAAGCUGUGGCAGGAAGCGCCGAGAUCAGCAAAGUGGUUCUGAAGGUUUUGCACGACACCAGCGACCUGAAGGAGCGCCAAAGGCUCGCGGAAGUCGAGGAUACAUACGUACCAGUGGAUGAGGGAAGGGGUGAUUUUAUUCAGGAUGACUACAUGGUGAUGGUUGGUGGGAAAGCUGGCGACGGUAGACCAGAAAACAUGUACUUUACCCCAGAUGACACCUAUGAACCCAUGAUGCCGGUACCAACAAGCAGACCACCGGCCGUUCCAUUGGGAUCCGGUCAUGUUUUUCAAACGACGAGUCAAGGGUACGUCGACAUGAAAGAAGCUAAGCACUUGUCACAAUGCAGUCCUGGCUUGAUCAUUCAACCCGAACGGUGGAGAAGUGGGGCGGAAGGGGUGCUUUAUAUGCUCUUCCAAGAUCAGCUCACUAAAGACCAGUACACAGUCAACUUUCAGGGCAAGUUGAAAAAGAGUGAGGUGGUUGCCAAGCAGAAGAAUCCAUACACUCUAGAGGUUGACCUUCCCAAAGAUCAUCCUGCCGAGCUGACUGAUGUUCAGGUAAUCGGUCCAAAUCGUGCAGUGGUGGCCACCUGUAAGUUCAUCUUCACGAGCGUCAUGGAUGAAUUGGCCGAGGUGUUACGUGACGUAGUGGACCCAAUGAAAUUCAUGUGUCAGGCACUUGGAAUAUCCCCGGCCGACGCAAACGAGCUAGACAACAACCUGUAUGAGCACAUCCAAAGAUGUCUACCCUCUGGUGGGCUGAACUUACUGGUGGGCCAAGUGGGCGGAGAACAAAAAGUUCUGACAGACAUUCCCACGGCCUUGCAUUUUGCCGCCAAGUACGGCCUGAAGAACAUCUGCUCCAUGCUGAUCACCUGUCCUGGCGCCAUGCAAGCCAUGAAGCUGAAGAACAGAGAAGGUUUCACCCCAGACGUCAUAGCAGGAAAGAGCGGCCACAAUGACCUCAAGUGCUUUCUGGAAAACUUUGUGGAAGUUGCCGAAGAUGAAGCCAUGGCAGGCGAAGGUGGCCCCUCCUCCUACAUGUUCAUGAAGACUGGAUUCUUGUACUACAAUCAGAAAGAGCUCUUGAAGCAACUGAGUAGGGAAGAAGGAUCUCUCUACGACUCUCCUUUCCAAAUACCAAUACCAGCCACAGGGGUGCCAUUAACAAAAGAGGAAACCAUCAAGAAACUUGUGCAAGGGAAACAAGAAGACAUUGAGGAGUAUUAUGGAAGCCUGACCAUCGAUAUGGGCAGCUUCCAGCGGGAUGAGGACGGAGAGGAAGAUUAUGAGAGAGUUGAGGACGAAGUUGGGCUGAGGAAACGGUCAAUGAAGAAACCCCCUGUAGAGAGCCGGUCGCCAAGGCAACCCGUGGAGGAAAGACCCUCACCGCAGGAAUCACUACCGCCUCCCAUAGAGCCUCGGUUAGCUCCGCCCCUGCCAGAACCCGAAGGCGAGAAACUGGAGAGACCCCCGCCAAGAAAGAACGUAAAACCUGCGGAUAUUCUCGGGAUAAAGCAAAUUGCCACAGGCCAGCAGCACCUGAUCGAGAUCCAAAAUCGAGUCAAGAACAAGGAAGUGACGGUGGACGAAGCCGUCAUGCUGUUCAAGAACUGGGAACUGUUGCAGGAGAAAGAUUGCCUCUCCUUCUCAGCCCAAGCGGAAACUCUCAAAGCUUUGAAGCAGCAGAAACAGAAAGCCAAGCAAGGCGGCUUAAGUUCCAUUUUCACCAAGAAAUUGCCCAAGAAAGGUGGGGCUGUCGGGGACCACGUUGGCCAGUCUAUUUUUUACUUCCCUCGAUCCCCAGCAAGGGUAGAGGUCACAGCACUGGCUUCAGCCGCACGUUCGCAAGCACGGGGAUUUUUUAACAUACCUACACGGAAAGGCAGAGCGAACUCGGAACCCUUAAUAACCUGCCCCUACGGUUCACAGCCGCCAUUGUCUCAGAAACCUCAGGAGAGACUUAUUCAAUCAGAGUUCUCGGGUACAAAUCGACCGUCAAGCACCACAAGUCUAGAUUCCCACGGCAGUCGAGAUAGUCAGUACAACUCGGCUCCAGACGAGCCCGACCAGGAGAAGUACUCACCCACCUCGCAACCAACCUCCUCUAUUGCGCCUGUGAUGAGGAGAGUGCAUGAAAUGCCCGUGACUCAGCAAGAUAGAAUCAAGAGAAUUUCGGCAGCUUAUGACCAGCUGUCCAACAUUGCUCCUAAGACCAUGCCACCGGUUCCCAGCCGCGCCUCACCUGCCAAGCCAAGUUCUUUGCCCUCCUCUCUGCAGAAUCUCCCCAAACCGUCUCCACCGUACGGUCACUUCCAGCCCCCCACCCCUUCCCAGGAUGAACAGUCUGCCUACUUGGACUUUGAUGACCCCACACCGGGAGACCUCCCGGAGUUACCCCCUCCACCCCCACCAACGGAGUUGGUUCCAGAAAGACCACCAGAGGCCACAUGCCCUAUCUCUCCUAGUCACGGGGCUCGCUAUGUGGACAGCUCAUCACCAGCAUCCAAAUACCCUCAAGUUCUUCCCAGGCAAGCCCCUCAGAAGAGGCCCAUUCCCAAGCCCAGGACACCACAAAGAUAGGCAUCCCAAGCAGAGCUGAAGGGGUGCCGUGUCACUCAGUCCAAUGCUCACAGAAUUGCUCAGUACAGACUCACGGAAACAGAGGUACUAGAAUAGUUAAGCAUGAAACGGUUACCAGUCUAAGUGCCAUGUCUUGUAUAUUGCUUGUAACUGGUCACCUGCUCUCAUCAAUUUGAACUAAUUUCUGCUCUUUCCCUAUAAAACUCAAAAGUACCAGUUUUUCCAAAAUGUAUAUUUAGCCUGUUGGGUCGUAGGUCAUAUCUGAAUCAGAUGUUUGGUCUGUGUUCUCCAUUUUGGGGAUCUGUCUUACUUGUACAUACCUCUGUCACUUCUUUGAAAUUUAUGUCAUUGAUGAGUGCCAUCUGUGUAAAAAAAAACCGAAUGUACUGCAUUGAGGUGUGUAAAAUGAAAUUUAUACCGAGCAUUUCUUCACUAAGUACUUGUUAAUAAUUUGCAUAUAUGCAAAACUUCAUCAAGAACUACAUGUUAGUUAUCACAGAAAAAUCAAGGAAGGUGUCCUGUACAUAGACCAAGGAUAAUUCUGAACAUAGCAACUUGCUUUGUAGAUAUAUGUUAAGAGUAUAACAUAGUUUGAAAUAUCGGGCACAGUACGAAGACAAUGCAGAAUUGUUGGUGUAUUUUUGUACAAUGCUGGAGUUGAGCAAUUACAUUACGCCUACACGUAUGUGUUAGUUCAGCUUUGUCUAUUCUUAGCUGGUACAUAUAGUAACAUGGAAAAUACAUGUAGUUGCUAUACUUCUAUUUAGAUUUUAUUUCAAUUUUAUGUGUUUUUAGCCUGAAUGAGAUGGAAAUAAGCCAUACAUCCGUGGAAGCCAUGAGCUAGUGGAUGUGGCUUCUUCCCAUAGACUUGUGUACUAAUCUCAGCCAUAACCAGUUCAUUUGGGCAUUGCCUUAAUUUCAUCUAUUGGAUGCAGCUAUCUUGGCUGAAUCUCGUUGUGGGACCCGUCAUUGUUUUGAUUUCAAGUUGUUUUGAGUUUCAAUUUGGGAAGGGGGCAGUUCUGAGACCAUCGGGCGUCAGCCAUUAACAGAUUGAUCCAUUAAGUUUUGCCCCAUUAUAGGGGCUGCCAAAAGUGGGUCCACCCUCCCGGUCAUCGCUAGUGCUUCAAGGAAAACAAGGACACACAUCAGCUAUCUAGCAGAGGUGAAAGUAUCCUCGCCCAGUUGCAUGAUGGGAUAAGUAGUCUCCAUCCAACCCAUAAUGCAUUGCAUCACAGCAUUUUGGCCAUGGUAGCUCCAUCUGUAGAAGUCAUUCAAUGACAAUUGUGUUUAGCAAGUUGCCUUUUUUGCCAUGGCUCAAAGUUUUUGUUGCUAUUUAUGCCAGGGCUGUCCUUGUGGUUUUGGGUAGUUCUGCUGAAAUUUGUAGAUUGACAUUUAGUUGUUUUUACCAAAAAGAAACUUUUACCCGUAAGAAUUUUGUUGAAACCCUCCUUUUUUUACAUUUUACAAUUCCAGUUUCCAAGGAAACAGCUCGUUAUCUUGUCUGAAAUUCAAUUUUUAUCACAUUCUGCUUUUCCUAUCUCAGAUUUAGCUUUUUCAAAAAAAUACAUGAAAUGUAGCAGAACUUCUUUUCUAGUGAAUUGCAUUUCUGAAACACUGGCUAUUUUAACAGAAAUUAAGCAGAAUCAUAUACAUUCCAACCAAAAGGUUUUGUGUUGAAUGAUUUUGUUUCUGAGGACACCAACUGUUCAUUUGAAAAAUGUCAAGUUUUCUGUUUUGAAUUUUAUUUAAUGUAAUAAUCCCUUUAAAUGUUUUCACUAGAAAUUUAUGUUGUCCAGUAAAUGUUGUAAUUAUUCUUUUUUCCUUUUUACAAGUGGAAAAAUCACUUUAUUUUUGGACUUUGUUGCUUUGUUGGUUUUAGGUGUAAUCUUUAUACAGGUUUCCUGUCUGCGUACACGUACUUGCCAUUGUUUAAAAAAACUCUUGCAAAUGUUUAGUCAAUAAUUUUUACAUAAUCCCGCCUGUUUGAAUUUUAUUUUCCAUUUUUAAAAUUAUGGAUAACCAUUAGAAGGGUCAUGGGCCGUUUAAAACGGUUUGUACUCAGUAGUUCCUUCAUUGCAUCAAAUGUAUUUUUCUGGUGAAAUGGGCUCAGAAUGGAAGUGAUGCAUUUGGAUUAAGGUGGCAGAGAUCGACCAACUUGUACAAAUGAAAUGUGUUUGUGAUAAAGUUUAUCACAAACAACACAGUGGCCUUAUCAGUGAAAUUGCCCAAUGCUUGACUCACAUUGUUGCCAAUAACCUGACAGGAUUCUGAUGGAAUGACGACUUUGGUUACGAGGACUGUUCAUGGUCCAGCUUUUUAUCUGUUUUGCAAUUGAGUCGCUCAGUCUCAUAGAAACGAUUGCUUGCCACUUGUUCUUGUUGCUUUGUAGAUAUAAAUAAUAUAAUCACACACACUGGUACUGGAGGCAGAAAUCCGUGUAUGUAGAGAUAGUUUGCCUUGGAAUAUUUUUGUAAUUUAAUUUUGUUUGUUUUUUGCCAAAAGAAGAGCCAAUUUUAGGCUGCAUUUAGACUCGAGGGGUUCCAUCCAGGAGUAGAACAUGUAGCCAUAAGGAAGCCGCUUGCUAGCAGCUGGGGCUUCUUAUGAUGAUGGAACUGCAUGUUUGUGCCAGCCUCAUCCUUUCAUUUUGGAUGCGGCUCGCAACAGUUUUGUAUAGCAUAAUGUGUGGUACCCUGAACUAAGAUAUCUUAUUGUAAUAAUGUUGAUUGAUUGAACACGAUCGUUGUCAGUUUAUUUAUUGAUGCUGAUUUGGUCUUAAUUGUAAAGGACAGCAGAGAAAUUGGCUUCUUGUUUCCUUUGAAACCUGAAGGCUCAGUGUUUUGAUCCUUGCAGAAUUUUUAAGAAAAUUUAUGUAUGUGGAACACACUCAGAACCAGCAGCUACACUUUAAAAUCUGUGGAUUUGAUUGGAAGGAAUUGUGAAGAUGUGACUUUGUCCGAAGUGUGCACAGUCUUGACUCACUAUAAGGACCAAUUUAAGAAACUGGGAAGUUCGGAACUUCUGAGUCAGUUUUGGUUUUUGUCAAAGUCUAACAACUGAUUGCAUGCUGUUGAUGUGAUGUUGAAGGAAAAGAAAAUAGGAUUUUUGGAAACAACGUUAAAAGCUCUUUCCACUUUUUAGUAGGCCCUCACUGUUGCAGUUUCAAAGUGUUUGUAGUUGUUUUUAGGCAGAAAAUAACAUUGACAUUGAAAUUUGUUAUACUAUUCUGUAUGAAAAACUUAAUCUUAUGUUAUUACUGCCGAAAUUAUGUGUGUACCAUGCAUACGCAGAUCUCUACAAGGUGUUAAUAUGAAUAAAACCGGACACUAAAAGCAACAAGUAA